ACGUGACCAGGAGUCGACGUGUGCAGAAGUCCUUAUAGUCCAGGGCCUGUUUCCCUGUAGCAGCUCCCUAUUGCUGGAGGAGAAAAGUGCCCCGGAUCCUUUGAGGACUCUUGGUCUUUUGGGAGCGACCCAAAUCGAGUGAGGGAAGAGGGAGGAAAAUCCCCUGGAUCCCUGCAGGGUUAAUUUAUUCAAAAAGGAAAUAAGAGAAAAAUACUCAACAUGCAAAAGUCUUGUGAAGAAAAUGAAGGAAAAGCACAGAACAUGCCAAAGGCUGAGGAAGACCGCCCUAUGGAAGCUGUACCACAGGAGGCAGAAAGAAAUCCUCAACCGUCUGAAGAAGGUGAAAGCCAGGAAGCAGAAGGAAACCUUAGAGGAGGGCUGACUCAGCCUGGUCAGGGAUAUAAAGAGGACACUCCGGUUAGGCAUUUGGACCCAGAAGAAAUGAUAAGAGGAGUAGAUGAGUUGGAAAGGCUUAGGGAAGAGAUAAGAAGAGUAAGAAAUAAGUUUGUGAUGAUGCAUUGGAAACAAAGACAUUCACGCAGCCGUCCUUAUCCUGUGUGCUUUAGGCCUUGAAUUCUUUUUUUUUUGGUCUGAUGUUAAAAUCUGGCCCCUGCUUUCUUUCUGUUAGCAUUUUCUGAUGUAUCUUUGACUAUUGUUUUAUUUUUAAUCAUGUGGUGGAGUUUUGUUGUACGUAGUGUCCUUAUUACCAGCAUCUGGAUUUUGUAUUUUGACACAUUCUCCAGGUCUGUUUUUCAAUUGGGAAGUUUCACACAUAUGCAUGAAAAUAUGUUCAUUCCAUAUUGUAAAGUAAAACAUAACAGGUUACAGCAUAUUUAGUAUCAGCUCACAUAUGUAGGAGAAAAUCUCAAAUUGUGUGUGUGUGUGUGUGCGUGUGUAUACAUACAUAUAUCAAAAAUUUAACUGCUUAUUUCUGUGUGGUGUGAGUUUUUUUCUUUUUGCUUAUAUGUAUUUUUUAAUGAACACGUCACACAUACAAAAAGAAUUAAAGUUUUUUUUUUAUAAUUAAGAGUCAAUCAAAUAAUUUGCAACCAGCUUAUAAGGGCAAUGGGGGGACCUAAAUUCUUGAUGAAAGAACUAUUAAAAAAAAUGUAAACCUCAAAUUACUUCUGGAUCUCUUAGCCAGAGGAAUAAAACUGGCAGUUAUUACAGAUA